GGCGGGCGGGGCGGGGCGGGGCGGCCGCCGGGUCGGUCAGCGGACUCGAGGGCAACCAGCGAGCCGGGAGGAGCUGCCGGCCGGCCGGCACUGAGCAGAAUGUCCCACGGAAUGUCCUCUGCACCCUCUCCAAAAGUGGUUCUCUGGGAGGAGAAGUGAAGAGCUGCUGUCUCUGCCGGGAGGCCUGCAGCAAAGGCAAAGAAUCGCCCAGGGACUUUUGCACAGAAACCGGCGUUUGGCGGCCAUCUGGAGAAUGACUCGGCUCUGUUUUCUGCACUGCCUGGAGCUUGGCCAAGCCUUGGCCUCCUGAAGGCCGGCCCGCCCUCUCUGCCAUCGCAGCCUGGAGAGGCCUGCAGCUAUGGACACGAGGGUUCCCAGGUCCUCACCAUGCUCGUGUCUGGGGACAAGAGCUUCCUUACCAACAUCAUCUACAUUGUCUUUGAACUGGUCAUUGCCCUUCUGGCCAUCUUUGGGAACGUCCUGGUCUGUUGGGCCGUCUAUCUCAACAGCAAUCUGCAGAAUGUCACCAAUUACUUUGUGGCUUCCCUGGCGGUAGCUGACAUCGCGGUGGGGGUCCUGGCCAUCCCCUUUGCCAUCACGAUCAGCACUGGCUUCUGUGCCUUCUUUUACGGCUGCCUCUUCAUCGCCUGCUUUGUCCUGGUGCUGACCCAGAGCUCCAUCUUCAGUCUUCUGGCUAUUGCCAUUGAUCGGAUUAUUGCUAUCCGUAUGCCUCUCAGGUACAAUGCUCUAGUGACCAACUCACGUGCCAAGGGAGUCAUAGCCAUCUGUUGGUUCUUAUCCUUUAUUAUUGGCCUGACGCCAAUGCUGGGCUGGCACAGAAAGACUCUGGAAGAGAACGGGCAAAGUGAAAAUAGAACCAACUGCAGUAGCAAUAUGAUGCAUUGCUUCUUUGCAACUGUGGUCACCAUGGAUUACAUGGUCUACUACAACUUCUUUGCAUGUGUGCUGCUUCCUCUCCUUCUGAUGUUUGGGAUCUACUUGAAGAUCUUCAUGACAGCCCGGCAGCAGCUCAAGCAAAUGGAAAACAAGAUGAUGCACGGGGAACGAUCCCGAUACAUUUUACAAAAAGAAGUCCAUGCAGCAAAAUCCUUGGCCUUCAUUGUUGGGAUGUUUGCUAUAUGCUGGCUCCCAUUACACCUGAUCAAUUGCUUCACCCUCUUCUGCCCUACUUGCAGAGAGCCUCCCCCCGGGGUCAUGUACCUGGCCAUUAUCUUGUCCCAUGCCAACUCCGUGGUGAACCCCCUGAUCUACGCGUACCAGAUCCGAGAGUUCCGCUGCACCUUCAGGAAAAUCAUCCAGCAGCACAUCCUGUGCAGGAAGCAAGGCUUCAAAUCUGCCAUUGCCAGCCAGAGGACUUCUCCUCACGACGGGGAGACUGAAAACACCACCGUGCAGAUCAGCAAAUAUUCCCUCGAGUUCUACUGCGGCAGAGACUUCAGGGGCAUCCAUGGGGGUGGUUCUGGGGGGGAGAGCAUCUGCAUGGAAUGGACCCCAAACCAAAAUGGACUAGCUGGAGAAGUGAAUGGGCACCUUGUACUUUCCUGCAAAAAUGGAGAGCUCCAGAAAAAUGGAACCGCUUAGCCAGGAGCCUCUUGGGCAGGGGUGUCAAACUCAGUUUCAUUGAGGGUCGCAUCAGCAUUGCGGUUGCCCUUGGGGGCCUGGGUGGGUGUGGCCACGGUGGGUGCGGCCUACUGGGUGGGCGUGGAUGGAGUGG